UGAAGACAGCUCAUUUUUACAGUCGGAUGCAGGUGGAGACGAGAUCAGCCACAAAGAAACACGCUCAGAUGGACGCUUGUGUGCUUUUGUACAGACUUGAGUGGAAAACAUAAUCGAGCCGUUCUACAUAUGACAGCUACAUGCAAUAUUUGAUUAGUAGAUGUGACCCAGUUUGAUGUGCGUUCGCUGCGGUGCAGAAGGAAGUGAUGCGAGACAUUAACCUCGAGAGAACGUGCAAUUCUGCACUGUCACAUCACACUAAGGCUGGGCUUCUUGGCCACGCGGCUAUCAGAAAAAACACAGCAGUCACCACAGGAAACUCACCAGUGUCUUUUCCUUUAGUCUGUUGUCAUCGUGAGGGAUUGUUCUGAACCACUUUGACAUUCACUCUCUGCUUUUUGGGCAUCACCCUCAAAACCAAAUGGACUGUUCUGGUGGGAAAGAUAUUGAAGCAAACCCAACAGGUAGUGAGAAGAUGGAACUUCCUGUCCUGACUCAACCUGGCCUCGGAGUGACCACCACAACAGUGACCACUAUCACUCAAACAGGAGGAGACUGGAGCACUGGACUGUUGGACGUGUGCGGUGACACCAGCACGUGUCUGAUGGGUGCGUUUGUGCCGUGCUGCUUGGACCUGAGUCUGGCUCAUCAGUAUGGGGAGUGCAUGUGUCUGCCUCUGCUGCCUGGCUCCACGUUCGCCAUGAGGGUGGGCAUCCGAGAGCGCUUCAAAAUCAGGGGCAGUGUGUGUGAGGACUGGACUACGGUGUAUUGCUGCUACCCUCUGGCCCUCUGUCAGAUGAUCAGAGAGAUGAAGAAGAGGCUGAAGACACAGACCUACACCGUCUCUACCGCGCUGGAGAGCUCCUGAGACACUGUGUGUGUGUGUAUGUGUGUGUGCACAGCUCAGAUUUCUUCCCAUCCAUGUUUUUUGGUGAUUCUAAAAGACCGAAGGGCCGUCUCAGCUGUCAGGAUGUUUAUUACGCGGGGUCCUGAACUUCACGCAGGGUUAGACAUAUCAGUAACUCUCUGCUUGAAGAUUGAUGCCGCUGACAUUUCAGACUGACGGAGAGAUGGAGUGACAGAUGGGUGGAGAGACGGAUGAGUGGAGAAGAGGUUUCUGAUGGCUUCUGGGACUGUGUAUGCUUUGAUUUCAGAUUGCUCUCUCACGGUACAUAUACAUAAGGUUUCGCUACAUGAAUUCAGCCGGGAUUGUGUCACUGUUUUUAAUUGUGUUUCAAAGUCAGUCCAAAACUGAUGUGACAUCUCAUCAUCUCUCAUUUUAUCUAAAAUAAAGUGUGUUGUAAGAAUAAUGAAUACUUUAUUUGCAAUGCAAUACAAAUGAUCUGCCUGGGAUAAACGAUAAAGAAAUGAUGCAUGCUGCCGUUAAAUGUGACAUUUUAGAAUUAUAUUAAAGAUUGGGAUUUGUAUUUAUGGUUUCAUUUAUUAUAUAAUAUAUAAUUUAUGCAUAAUGUAAGUUAAGAACAUUAUCAAUAUUAACAUUAUUAAUAUACAACAAAGAAAAAAAAAGCAGUUAGUUGUUUUCUAAAAUGUUUAUACUUGUAAAUGUAAAAACUAGGCAGUUUUUUUUUUUGUCACAAAUCCCCCCUUUUUUUAAAAAGUGUUGCCUUACACUUUCUCUUUUUCUAUGUAGUGCAGAUUGGGGCUAGUUUUAACAAGGGCAAUAUUUCAGAAACUCUCUAUCUGUCCACACAGAUCUACACUGUUUCUUUACCAUUCUAUCCCUCACAACCAAGACUCAAGGCAUGUGUCUACUUGAAGACAUAUUCGCUGCAGUAAAAAAUAAAAUGUAAAGAAGUCUAUCAACCUCCCCUAUAAAUAAUUUGGUUUUCAAGGAUUGUAUGUCAUCUAAAAGCGCUGGAUUCUCUCUGUUCUCCUGGUCCUGAAAGUGUGUAUGUGUGCAUUUCUGUAGAGGGCACUGUUGUCACACACACGGUCCUCAGUGAAGUAAAGUGAGAGUGUGUGUCCGUGUGUAAGACGACAGGUGUAUGGUUGCCGUCAAGGGUUUUCUGUGAGGCCCCUGGGGGACAUGAGGCCACCGGAGCCUUAAGCACAGCAGAUACAAAACCAGGAAAGUGAAAAAUGAGGACAGGAGCAACUCUGAGGAAGGAGCAGGGUUUUUUU